AUGGGUCAAGGAACUCCGGGCGGCAUGAACCGCCAGGGCGACCGAAAGCCGGACGGCGGUGACAAGAAGGAGAAGAAGUUCGAGCCGGCGGCGCCGCCCACCCGCGUCGGGCGGAAACAGCGCAAGCAGAAGGGUCCGGAGGCGGCGGCACGUCUGCCGACGGUGACACCGGUGACAAAAUGCAAGUUGAGGCUGCUGAAGCUGGAGCGAAUCAAGGACUACCUGUUGAUGGAGGAGGAGUUCGUGGCCAAUCAGGAGCGCCUCAAACCUCAGGAAGAGAAGGCCGAGGAAGACAGAUCCAAGGUCGACGAUCUCCGAGGCUCUCCCAUGAGCGUCGGUAACCUCGAAGAACUCAUCGACGAGAACCACGCCAUUGUUUCCUCCUCCGUCGGCCCGGAGUACUACGUCGGAAUAUUGUCUUUCGUCGAUAAGGAUCAGUUGGAGCCUGGCUGUGCUAUUUUGAUGCAUAAUAAGGUUCUUUCUGUUGUUGGUCUUCUUCAAGAUGAAGUUGAUCCAAUGGUCUCUGUCAUGAAGGUUGAGAAGGCUCCUCUGGAAUCUUAUGCUGACAUUGGUGGUUUAGAUGCCCAAAUACAGGAAAUUAAGGAAGCAGUUGAGCUACCCCUGACGCAUCCUGAACUAUAUGAAGACAUUGGUAUCAAGCCUCCUAAGGGGGUCAUAUUAUACGGAGAACCUGGAACUGGGAAGACCUUACUUGCGAAGGCUGUGGCAAACUCAACCUCAGCAACAUUCUUACGUGUUGUUGGCAGUGAAUUGAUACAAAAAUACUUGGGAGAUGGCCCAAAACUUGUGAGGGAACUUUUCAGAGUUGCAGAUGAUCUUUCUCCUUCUAUUGUAUUCAUUGAUGAAAUUGAUGCUGUUGGUACAAAAAGGUAUGAUGCUCACUCAGGUGGAGAACGUGAAAUCCAAAGGACCAUGUUAGAGUUGCUGAACCAGUUAGAUGGUUUUGAUUCAAGAGGAGAUGUAAAAGUGAUUCUGGCAACCAAUAGAAUAGAAAGUCUUGAUCCAGCUUUGCUACGACCUGGUCGAAUUGACAGGAAAAUAGAAUUUCCUCUUCCUGAUAUCAAAACUAGGAGACGUAUUUUCCAGAUACACACAUCGAGGAUGACAUUAGCUGAUGAUGUCAACUUGGAAGAAUUUGUUAUGACUAAAGAUGAAUUCUCUGGAGCUGAUAUAAAGGCAAUAUGUACUGAAGCUGGUUUACUUGCUCUGCGAGAACGCCGGAUGAAGGUGACUCAUGCCGACUUUAAGAAAGCCAAGGACAAAGUGAUGUUUAAGAAGAAAGAAGGGGUGCCUGAAGGGCUGUAUAUGUGA